CAUUAAAAGCAAGAGCUCAGAUUGCACAUGCUGAACAGAUUCACCUUACCAGAUCUUUCGCAAGCUCUUGGUUGAAUGCUAUGGCUUUCGUGCAUACAUCUGUUUCUCUGCAUAUUUGGUAGAUUUAUCGCACAGAGACCAAAAAACUGCACUUACUUAAAUGGUUGCUGUGGAAUUAAGGAUUUUUACCAAAGAGAAAUGAAUCUUCCUAAGGUCCUGGUUUCUUUCACAUGGAUUUUCUAUGCAUAUUCUGGGUUGGGGUUCUGCUCAGAAGAUGAGACACGACUGGUAAAAACCCUGUUUACUGGUUAUAACAAAGUGGUUCGUCCAGUUAACCACUUCAGUGAUGCUGUGGUAGUGACUGUGGGACUACAGCUUAUUCAACUUAUUAGUGUGGACGAAGUUAACCAGAUCGUAACAAGUAAUGUCCGUCUCCGACAGCAAUGGAAAGAUGUGAACCUGCAGUGGAAUCCAGAUGAUUAUGGAGGCAUCAAAAAAAUCAGAAUUCCUUCAACAGACAUAUGGAAACCUGACUUAGUGCUGUACAACAAUGCUGAUGGUGAUUUUGCCAUCAUCCAUGAAACCAAAGUCCUGCUGGAGCACACAGGCAUGAUAACAUGGAACCCACCAGCCAUCUAUAAGAGUUACUGUGAGAUCAUUGUCCUUCACUUCCCAUUUGACCUGCAGAACUGCAGCAUGAAACUGGGCACCUGGACUUAUGAUGGUACACUGGUCAUCAUCAACCCAGACAGUGACCGACCUGACCUCAGUAACUUCAUGGAAUCAGGUGAAUGGGUGUUAAAGGACUACAGGAGCUGGAAACACUGGGUUUUCUACACAUGCUGCCCUGACACGCCAUACUUGGACAUCACCUACCAUUUUCUGAUGCUUCGACUUCCUCUUUAUUUCAUUGUCAAUGUUAUAAUUCCCUGCAUGCUGUUCUCCUUUCUCACUGGACUGGUCUUCUACCUCCCUACUGACUCAGGUGAGAAGAUGACCCUGUCUAUCUCAGUUCUGCUGUCGUUGACCGUCUUCCUACUGGUCAUUGUUGAGCUGAUUCCCUCCACUUCCAGUGCUGUUCCUCUAAUAGGAAAAUACAUGCUCUUCACUAUGGUUUUUGUGAUCGCCUCCAUAAUCAUCACGGUCAUUGUCAUCAACACGCACCACCGGUCGCCCAGUACACACACCAUGCCCGCAUGGAUCCGCAAGGUCUUCAUUGAAACCAUUCCAAACAUGAUGUUUUUCUCAACAAUAAAGCGUCCCAGUCAGGAGAUCAGCCAGAAGAGACUGUUCCCCACUGACAUGGACAUAUCAGAUAUUUCAGGCAAGACACAACCCACUAAACACUGUAGCACAAAACCAAGUAAUCCUACCCCCGCCAGUGUAACCUACAAGUCUCCCAUCAUGAAGAAUCCUGAUGUUCGCAGUGCCAUCGAAGGUGUGAAGUACAUUGCUGAAACCAUGAAAUCAGACGAAGAAUCUAACAAUGCGGCAGAAGAAUGGAAGUUUGUGGCCAUGGUUUUGGAUCAUAUCCUCCUGUGUGUCUUCAUGGCUGUGUGCAUCAUUGGAACGCUUGCCGUCUUUGCAGGAAGACUUAUUGAACUCAACAUGUUAUGAAAACUUAACCCACAAAGGAAGAUAUGUAUGAUAAAAUUAAAACCAUUGCGUUGAGAGGCAUCUGCGGAGCUGAUAGCUAAAAAAGCUCUAACAUGCUCUGGGCUUUUGAGCUUGUGUACUAAGCCUCGUGAUACUUAACUAACAAAUACAUAUUCUAAAUAUACAGACAUACUACCUAUUAUUGUCAUAAAUGGAUUUGAGUAGAUUAUGACUGCAAUUUUAUUGGUAUCAGAGGAUGCAUUUUAACUCUUUGGUGUAAAUGAUUUAAUUAUGGUUUCUUUUGUCAGUUUGAAAAGUUGUGUGCUUUUGAUCUCCUGAUGCAGGCAAAUUAUUUUCUGACCAGGAAGUUUUACUUAUUGGCUUUGCCUGAUUCAUGUAUUUUACUCCAUAUGUAGUUGUGGUUACAAAUUUAUUUGAUGUUCAGGAAACAAAUGAAAUGGAAAUCAUUAAAAUAUAGCAAGUCAAGGCACAUCAGGGGUCUCUCCUAAGCUUCAAAAUUUGAUAUGAUUGCUGUGGGUGUAAUAACACUGUACUAGCUGCAGCAAUAAACUGCUUAUCUACA